GUGUUGCAAUUUCUCUAAUUGGUGGUUCUAAGUUUGUCAUAUUGGAUGAGCCGACUAGCGGUAUGGACCCCUAUGCAAGGAGGAUCACUUGGGAUCUGCUUAUCAAACAUAAGGAGGGACGGACUAUUCUACUUACGACACAAUUCAUGGAUGAGGCGGACAUACUGGGGGAUAGGAUAGCCAUUAUGAAGUCAGGGAGAGUUAAAACAAGUGGAUCAUCUCUUUUCUUAAAGAAACGUUAUGGGUGUGGCUAUCAUUUAACUAUAGAGAAGGCUAGCAUUAGCACUGAUUCUGAAGAGAUCAUUGCAGUAGUACAGGAUAUGGUCGGGGGAUCAAGGUUUUUGUAUGACAUUGGAACUGAAGUUGUACUGUUGCUGCCAGAUGAGAAAUCCAUCCUAUUCUCAGCACUUAUUAAUACACUUGAAAAUAGGAAGAGAAGUCUUGGUAUUAGUAGUUAUGGUGUUUCUGUUACAACGAUGGAGGAAGUGUUCAUUCAAGUUGGUAAAGAUGAAGACGAAGAGAUUCAAAAAAAAAUUCAGAGAAAGAGAACACAAUAUUUUGAAAAGCAGACAAGCGAUGUUUCUGAAAUUAUUGAAGCCAUAGAUUCUGAACAAUCUGCAGCUGCUGAUGAAAAGUCACCUGCACCCAUGAAAGACUCUAAAAAUUUCAAUGCUGGCAGUGUUCUCAUAUUCCAGCAGUUUUACGCAAUGCUUGUAAAGCACUUCUAUUACUUCACUCGGUUCUGGAUGGGUAUCAUUCUCGCUGUUGUCUUGCCAAUAUUUUUUGUUCUCCUCACAUUGCUCAUUAUAAAAUUUGACACUACAGACUCAACUACAGUCACAGAACUAACAUUAAAGUUUCCUGAUCUAGCUGAAGAGAGCAGCAACAUUACAUUAUUUUGGGCUAAAUUUGGAAAUAACUUUCCUAUUCAAUUUGGCGCUGAUAAUGCAACUGCUAUUGAAGCAACAGAUUUCUUGGACUUCACGAGUGACAUAGAGUCCAUUAGAUCAUCAGUGGCUAAUAUCAGCAGUGCCAGUGAUUGUUGCAGUUAUAAAUAUCAGAUAUUAGACAAGUACUGUGCAACCAGGACACCUGAGGAGCUAAGUGAAUGCACCAACUCUGAUUUUGGAUACUCGCUUUGCAUGAACUGCCUAAGUUGUUGCACUGCUAGAGGUUUCAAGAUACCGUCCUGCAGUGACCCCAGUGCUGAGAGUCUCUAUCCUAAUGAUGCUGUGUUCUGUCCUGCUCCACCUGUUCUUUCGUUAGCUGAUAGAACAGUGACAGAUCCAGCUGGACCUCUUGAUGACGUUAAUACUUAUACUGCCGAGAAGAUAUUGCAGUACAUAGAGGAAAUUAAUAUUGGUCUGUUUGAGACCUUAUUUCAGGGUGGGUUUGUCCUCCACAACACUCCAGUCUCAGGAUAUGCUGUUUGCGGCUGUAGCAAUACAAGUCAAACCUGUUCUUACCUCACGCCAGCUCUCCUAUCUUCACUUGAUGACGUUCCAACAAGCGUCACUUUUAACUCAAUUGAUUCAUUUGUGAAUGAUUUCUGUUCAGCUUUUACCGACAGUGAUCCAGACUGUCACCUCUUGACGUCACCUUCUGAUUGGAAUCAGGAUUAUUCUGGGACGUUAGCAGCUUGCAUUGAUCAAGCAUCGUGUGAUUUGUCUCAGUAUCAGUGUCAAUGUGUUGAUUCACAGUGUCAGUUUGGUCGUACAUCACCAGUUGUCAGUUCUGUUCCUACGGCUACCGUUUGGUAUAACCACAAGGCCUAUCAUACUGCUCCUGUAGUACUAAACUCAUUUUAUAAUCUUUACCUUAAAAGUUUCAAUUCAAAUUUAAGCAUCACAGUCACUAACCAUCCCUUCACUUCAUCUCUCACCACUGAGUUAAGUUCUUUAAGUCGAGUCUCUUUUGAAACCCAUGGUAUUACGAUUGCCGUCACAAUUGGACUUGGAUUUAGCUUCCUCUAUGCUAGUUUAACAAUACUACUGACUAAGGAAAGAGAAGAAAGAUCAAAGCAUUUGCAGUUUGUUGGUGGUAUCCACAGCCGCUCCUACUGGAUGGCAGCUUAUCUUAAAGACGGACUCACUACUCUCUUUGUUCUAUUAGUAACAAUGAUACUGUUUAGUAGUAUCCAAGCUCCAGGAUUCACCGGAAACAACCUUGGAGCUGUUGCCUUAUUAUUCAUUUUCUGUACCUGGGCGUGUCACUCUAUAGCGUACGUUUUUAGUUUCAUUUUCUCGAAUUCUCUCGUUGGAUUCACCAUCUUGUUCAUCCUCUUUGCAUUUCCAGCAGUCAUAUUGAAUGCCAUCAUUUAUAUAUUAGUGAUAUCAGGACAAACUGAUACAAGCAUCACUGAUAAUAUUCAUUACGUGUUUGUUCUCCACCCAGUCUAUGGAUUGGCCAGUGGCUUAUCUUUAAUGUAUAACAAUGAGCCAACGGUGUCUGCUUGUACAGCGUCACCCGAAGCAAGGGAAAUAUGUGAUCAGGUGAAUGCUAGAGUUGCUUAUGAUAUAUUCCAGUUGGCGGUACCUGGUGUUGGUCAUAUACUGGUUAUACUAGCAAUAGAAUCAGUGAUUGCUACAGUCCUUGUACUGUUGCUGGAGAAAAAUUUUUAUUUGCAAGAGAUUAAGUUGUUUAUUUCUAAAAAGAGGAAGAAUGAUGAGGAAAUUGGCUGUAUCACCACUGAUGAUUUUGAAGGAGAGAGGGACAGAGAUGUGGCCACUGAGAGGGAACUGGUGUCAGAGUUACGUGACACUAAAGACUAUCCAGUCAUCAUAUCAAACCUCACCAAAGAGUACAAAAGCUUGUCUGCUCAGUUAUUUCCUUGUGGUAGUAAUGCUAACACAAAACUAGCAGUGGAUGGUAUCAGUAUUGCUAUUCACAAUGGAGAGUGCUUUGGACUCCUUGGUGUUAAUGGAGCUGGGAAGACGACUACUUUUAAAAUGCUAACAGGAGAUAUUAGUAUAUCCUCUGGAUCAGCAUCAGUUGCAAGCUAUGACAUAAAGUAAUUCA